AUGCGCUACGCAUACCUUUCCAUUCCCUUAGCCCUAGCCCUGGGGGCUACGGCCUCCAUGCCCAGCGACUCCUGGGUCUUCGGCAACAGUCUUUUCUACCUCGGUCCCCCAACCGGCGCUUCCAUCACGAAAGCGACCUACUCGCUCGUCCCCCCGGACGUCCCAUCAGGCGUGAAGGUGUCCUCUCCCUCCGACCAGGUCUGGGUCUCCGUCUGGGUGGGAGCCUCUUCCACGAACGGCGACGCAGACGCGAAUUUGUACCAGCCGCUGCUGAACUGGUCUCCAGAUCAGGAGUCGCAGUAUGCUUCCGACACCGAGUGGUGUGUGGCCGCUAGCACCUACACUCCUGACGGUCAGAUCGGACAGGCUUAUGUACCUGUGCCGCCAAAGACCAACCUCGACUUUGAGAUCUCCGUCGAGAACAACAAGGUGUACCAGACCGUCACCAUGAACGGCGAGGUGGUCUCGCAGCAAUCGGACGCCCUCGAUAAUGGCCUUCAAUAUCUCUACUCCUCGAACGAGUGCUACACUGGCUCAGGCAACUGCGGCCUUUUGCAGGGUUACAGCAUAACCAACCUAACGGUCACCCUCAGCGCCGCUGAUGAAUCGUUCGGCAAGACUAUGGCGCUGUACUCGUGCACUGACGCUGGCUUCGCAACGACCGAUAACGGCAAGACUUGGUACACGGACUAUAUUGCCAUUCAGGAGGUUGACUUUGAUUCUUCAUCGGAUACUAGUGUCCAGAAAUGA